AUGGACUGGGACCCAGGAUCCGCUUACUCAAUCAUAAGCACAUCUCUUUGGCGGCAAAUAGGUGCACCAACAUUAACGAAACCCCCUAAGUUAAAAGCGUACUAUAACCACAAGCUCAAAUCAGAGGGGCUCGCCUAUGUCACGGUAGAAGUCGAAGGGAAACAGAAAAUCGUUCCCGUGGUUGUCAUGAAACACGCAGAUCCGAUGCUUUUUGGGUUACACUGGAGUGAAACCUUUGGAAUGGAGUUCCCCAAACCUGUGUACUCCAUUAAGGAAGUAACUCCGACGACACUAGAACGAGUCAUUGACCGGUACAAGCAACUUUUUGACGGAAAGCUUGGAAAAGUGGACAACUACUUGGUAAAUAUUCACGUAAAACAAGGAGCAGUACCUGUACAUUUACCAGCACGACCUAUCAAGUUUGGAAUGAAGAAGAACAUAGAAAAAGAAAUUGCGCGCCUUGUGGCUGACAAUAUUAUAUACCCCGUGGACCCAAAUGUAACACCAGUAGAGUGGGCGAUCCCCACCGUUAACGUGGUGAAACCGAACGGCGACAUCAGAAUAUGCGGAGAUUUCAGAAAUUACCAAACGCUGAAACACAGCCAUCAGAAGUAG